GGUGGAAGUGCCUAUAGUUCGCGUUCGUCGUAUUCCAUCAAUACACGUCAUUAGAUAUCUAAAUCGAAACGUUUUUUUAAUGAUAUUAGGUACAUAUUUUUUUUACGCCCAUAGCGAACACACGAAAAAUGUCGAACGUCCGCGAAACUCUACAAUAUUAAUAUUGUCGUUUUGAUCAAUUUUCGUCUGUUUCGAAAAAUCGAAUAAACGAUAUUUUCUACAGGAGACGGUAUACGAUUCGCUACACAUUAUUACGUUGCUGGUGAGUAAAUAUUUUUGAACAAUAAUUUAAAUGAUUUAAGUAAUAAUAAUGAUGGCUAACGACGGUUAACACAUACAAAACGUCCAUAAAUGUAAUUUUAUUUUCAAACUAUUAAUUUAAAUUUUAAACUGAUAAUGCGUGACUAUUUAUAUACCAUUUAUGAUAUACUAUCUCGCUGUAUAUUUUUUAUCCCGGGAUAUAUUCCCAAAACCCAUUCUGGCUGAUAUUGAAAUUUUGGUAUUUUUUUUUUAUUAUUUGCACGGGCGUUACCUUGACAACAUACGGACGGACAAAAUACUAUUAGUACUUUAUUCGAUUUAGUUUCCACGGAAAAGGAAUUGCUCUUUUUAAAAGGCAAGUUACCGGGCAACUGCAACGAUUAACACGACGUGACAGCGGUAAGGGUGGCAACGGGUGUAGACGCGUUAAAUUGAAUUUAUCGUAUUGAUUUUUGUCAAAAAGGAUAUUGAGCACGGCAAAAUACUGAGUGGUACAUUAUGUAAAUUGCGAGGGUCCUUACAAAGUUUAACAAUUCGAGUAACGUGAAUUAUUUUGUUCUGUGUAAAACCGAUAGCGAUUCAACACCACGGCGCGGAUUUAUAUAUUGCGCAGUGUAAAAUGAAUAACCGAUUUCCCACAGAGAAAAAUGUCUAUACGAAAUACGAGUUAUUAUUCUCUUUUAAAAAAGUAAAUAAACGUGUUCGAAAAUCGUUUGUUAACGGUGUGAAAAUCCCAUACGGCGUCUUGAGUGAAUAUCGACCAUGACCACGGUGGCUUUAUCCGACUGCACGUGGUCUCGGUGUUCAUUUUCUAGCGCAGUUGCACGGUAUACAUAUAAUUGUACGCAUUCGGUUUAAAUGGAUUUUCGUGUCUUCGCAUUGAUAUCCGAUCGGUUUUAUUUUUAAAUAUUUCUAUAAUGGUUUUAUUUUUUUAUUUUUGGCGUCGUCAACUCCCCGGACGGCGGCGACGGUUCGACCACCUGUCGUAGUUUCGGAGUUAAAAUGCAUAAUAUUAUACGUAUAUACGCGCUUUUUUUUUUUUUUUUUUUUUUUCGGUUUCUAGUGUUUCGACAAUUAACGCACGUCAACGACGAGAAUGAAAAACGAUAUACCAGAACGGAUUAUUAUUAGAAACGUGCGGAGCGUAAUACACGACACUAUCCACCGAGUCACUCAGUCUAUUUUCAAAAAAAAAAAAAAAAAAAAAAGAGAGAAAAGUAUAAUACGUCGGUUCGAAAUUUGUAAUUAUAUUCUCGGAAAUUACGAACGAACGCACCGUAUUCUCGAACCGUUUUUCACGGAUUUUCGGUAUAAUAUUUUUCUCGAUAUCAUGCGCUCGAUGUUUUUCACCAAUAAAAAAUUGAAAGGAUUGACAAUAUGAUUUGCCAGUAUAAUGCGUAAUACGUGUUCGGCGAUAAUUUUCGGUUUGUUUCGAAGACAAUUCAAUCCUGCAGCUGAAUGCAACCGUUCAACAACAAAGGCUAUAAUAAUUAUUAUUAUAAUAUGGCAUUGUAGUUUUCAGUGGCCCGGAACUUAUGGCACUUGAACCCCAAAAAAAAACAAAAAUCCCGUUAUAACCAUUUAAAUAAGCACUCCGCAUAAAUAGAACAUCCAAAAAUAAUAACUGUAUUUCAAAAAAAAUCGACUCCCCUCCCUCAAGAUUAAAACGAUGACACUCCCUCGAUGACGACCAAAACGAUUAUAGUUAAUAAAUAAUACGAAUACGAGUCUGGUAUUAUUACUAUAAUCAGAAUAAUAACACUAGCGAAAUUAUUGUUUUCACACACUGCGGAAAAACUAUGAAAUUAAAAAAAAAAUCGACGUUUUCGUGGUAGUCGUGAUAAUAAUGGCCAAAUCAAAAACGGUUAUAGAUAAAAUAUAUCCUGGUAAAAAUAUCCGUUACAUAGUAAAAAUUACCAGAGGAAAAAUUUGGCCAUAUACAAAAUUAAAUGUCAUUUUAAAUAUCCAAUUUUUACACAACCAUUUUUGUGUUUGGCCACUGUCGAUAAGUAACAAAAAUAGAAAAAAAAAACGCGCUAUUUGAUUUAUAGAAAUAAUAACUAAAUUAUCUUUUCGCGAUAGCGAAAUCCGCAUACAAUAACGACCCAAACAGUCGUUGGUUUUUAAAGUUAAUUAAUAGUCAGUACCUAUGCAACUGGCGUUGUGUUCACGUUUUGCUGCGUAAACGUAAUUAAAUUCUGUCCGUUUUUUUUUUUUCAUUUUGUCAGCCUAAUCAGCUCCUUUCCGUGUUACCACGAAUAAACGCCGUGAUAUGAACGCGGUUAAAAAAUUAGACUUUUAAACUUUAGACCUUCAAAUUAGGCAAACUUAAUCUGUAAAGUAGUACUCGGCAGUAUUUGUAUAAUUAUCGAAGACGGGAAAACUCAAUCAACUAUGUUUAGUUUUAUAUCAAAAAUGAAUCGAGUAAUAUUUUUUAUUUAAACACAUAAUCAAUUACAUUUUUUUCAAUCUUAUAUAUCAAUUAAACACAAUAAGUAUAUUUAAAUUAUUUCCGUUUUUGCACAUAUUAUGCUGUAUUUUUUUAUGGGGUUUACUGACUCAUUCGGUUAAUCGACUCAAAUUGUCUGGUCCCAAAGUUAGUCUCUAAUAAGCGGCGACCGCACACCUAUCAGUAUCUUUAUCGUUCGUAUUAUUUUCGUGAGUGCAUUUUUUAGCAUGAAAAACAUUAUCGUUAUAUGUUUUUAAAACAAUAUGAACAAAUUAAAUAUAACAAAUCUAGGAAACGCUACGGGUUUAUAUCAGUAUAUCACGAUUAACACUUUUCGAAUAUUCAGUGUAGCCAAUAAAUGCGUACUAAAUUUUUACACGACUUUAAGAACUUUAUUUCCAAUAAUUACACUUGUCAAAUAAUAGUUUAUCAAUAUCGACAACGCGGUAUUGAAUUAUAGCAGAUAAAAUUCCGCACCGCGUUGGCAGUCAUUUCGCCAGUAUUUUAAAAUUCCAAUUUCCAAAAUUAAAAGAUGGAAUAAUUUGAUUAUUUACCAAGUCUGUAGAAAAUGUUUAUAUUACACGCACGUGCGACCUCAACCCUCGAAAUACAUGCAAUUUCAUUCAAGAUCAAAUUUGGUCUAUAGAAUCGAUUAGAUUUUGAAACGCCGACAUCUCAAACCCUCACGUCGGUGCAUAAACUCGGUGUGAACAUGGAAACGCGAAAACACUACGGAUGGAAAAAAACAGAACGACCGGUAAAAACGGUUUUUUAUUUUUUUUUUUAAAAUAGCCGAACACUACAGCGCCGUAUAGGCACACCGUACGCAUAGGUAAUAGCGUCCGAUACUCGGCGUGAUUUUCUCACGUACGCCCGCCAAAUUAGCCGAACCGUUUUGGCGGUCGCGUCUCGAAACGGUUUGCAGUCGUUUUGUUGUUGUUUUUUUUUUUUUUUUUUUUUUUUUUUUUUUUAAUAAUACGCGCGUGACCGUUUCUGGUCGCGGCGAUACACCGACGCGGGCAGUUGUAUACGCGCGCUAACGAUCCGGAUCGCCAAAUAAUAUUAUUCCGAAGAACAAACGCGAUUAAUUGCCCGCAUUGUACACAACGCCGCGCUGUAUUGCCGUCGUCCGCGUGUUUAUUGUAAGACAGCGCGCGAAAAACCGCCGGAGUCGGAAACCGCGGCGGGCACGCAACAGGCAGGCGCCGGCGUUUCGGGUCCGCCGAACAGUUUUUUAGCCGAGGCCACGCGCGCGUGCGCAACGCGUCGUCUAGGCCACGGGCCUCGGCAAUAUACCCGUGCGUAAUACAGAAUGCACGGUGUUCCCCGAAAGAGCCUAUUUUUUAAACUCGCGGACGGCGGCUCCGAACAACGCGUGAAUGGCGUUUCGUUUCGAUAAUAAUCUCCCGUGUCCGUUCGAAUAACGUACGGUGCGCGUUGAAGGUACUCGUCGAGUACGCACGUGGACACGCGAAAACUGAUCGCAAUUGUGUAUGAAAAAUAAAAGCGCGAACAACCGAUCGUUAAGCGAAUAAAACAUGUAAUUUUAUUCUAAACAGUAUUUGUGUUGAACAAAACGAACAAAAAAAAAAACAAUUAUCCUAUUUAUAAACGCGAAAGUUUUUUUUCGGACGACGGUCGGAUGUCCGUUAUCCAUUCACACUAAAACUACAGAAAGGAUCGAACUGAAACGUCGCAUAGACGCCAGUUCUAGACUGUAGAUAGGAAUAAUAAUGUUAUUAAUUAUUUUGACACGAGCAACGUACGGGCGGAACAACCAAUUCUGCGCGCAUUGUGAAUAUAUUCAAUGUCUGUGUUUCAAUAUUGCAUUAUAGAUACGGAAGACACAAAUGUUCGGACUUCGAGUUGUGACGGAAAAUAACUUGCAGCGUUGAAUACUGGAUAGCGAAUCAUACGAAUUGAACAAAUACGAAUAAAAAUAAACGCGAAUAAGUUAAUCGAAUGAAUAAAGAGUAUAAUUUUUGAUUCGAAUAACGUCCAACUCUGUAUGUAGCGUGUACGCGAGUUGUGCGUGUAAACGUACGAUGUAUAUUGUAAACGGAAUAACGAAUUAUAUUUUAUAAUCGUGAAAUGUUUAAAUUUAAAAUCAUUGGUCUGCCGAGACUCGCAGAUGCAAAAUAUGACGGAAAUAAAAUACAGUUAUUCGAAAAACGAUAAGAAACUCGUAUCAUUGUUAACUGGCAGUUAUCUCGAACAUUUAAAAUUGUACCGCGGUUCUGUGGCUAUAUCCGUUCACAAUCGUACUCUAUUGUGUAGCAGUGUCAACAAAUAUGAUAUAAUUGUUUUAUUUAGUGUAUGAGAAAAAAAAUCGGAACGGUGCGAAAUCCCACAGAAAACUCGCGUGCUCGACUGAAUGCAAUUCACACGAAUUAUCACCUUUGUCUCGAUUAGAAUCGAUUAUAUUGCAUUGGUAUAAUAAUAUGAUAUUCAUAAUAGAAUUUCGGUUUUAAUUAAAUGCUCAUUGCAACACGUAUAAUUAAAAUGCAAAUUUACCGUUUGAAAAAUAUCGCUACGUCUGACUGUAUGACCGAUACUUCAGAAUUAUCAUACUCAAGACCGAUGUUUUUCGAUCAGCUAUACGCCGCGGCGUCCGAUCAACCAACACGUUGUGUCUACAAACAGCGAGAUCACUGUUUCGGUACGAAUAUGACGAAAUUCAAAUCAAAGGUAAAAUAUAAUCAUUUUUUUUUUGUUUUUUCAACGGCGAUUUCGUUCUAUAGGUUAUGUAGUAGUCCUUCCGUGAGAAAUUAUAAAUAUUUUUUCGCGAGAGAAACCCGUGAUUUUUAUAGGCGCAUUAUUAAAAAAAUAACGAUGGUCGGGAACGUCUUUUGGCGACGUUCGCGAUGUCCUGUGGCUUUCCUCCCACCCACUCCCCGGAAAGAUUGAAAAUUAUUGUUUAUUUUUUACGAUUCCUUAUGCGGUUUUACGUUUUUUUAUCCCGCGCACGAUAUCGAACAAGAUUGUACACAUAUUCUAUUUAAACGGAAGUUGUAUAUGCGCUCUUCAAUCGAACCGUGAAACCAAAUAUGCGUUUGAGUUGUUUACGGCCGCGGCACCGGAAUAAAAUCGCGGCGGAGUAGUAAAUAUUUGCUCCGUGUCAAACGCAGAGAGGUAAUCCAAUUUCGGUUACUGUUGUUUACGAUCGACUAAUUUUUGUGUAUUUUGUAUGGAAAACGAUCGUAAAAAAAAAAAAAUAAAUAAUAAUAAUAAAUAGAAUAAGAGUCGCGUGCCCGCUUUUUCCCGUACGUAUUUUUCACUCGUGUACACACACCCUCCGGUCGCCCGUUUCUAUUUUCGCCGAUGUUUACCACAGUAUAAUAUUAAAAUACACGAGUAAGGUCCACGCAGUGCCGCACACCAAUUACGCGCGCGUACACCGCGUUACCGUCUCGAACGUUUCCCCGGGAAGCCCUUUGACAUCGUAUUUUAUCGUAUCGGAUCAUUUUUUUAUCAUCAUUAUUUUUUAUGCAUUCGUAUACAUAUUUAUAAAUAUACAGUAAGUUCCCGUUACAACGAACUCCCAAUGGACCGAUUUCUUUUUCCGUUGUAACGAAAUUUCGAAAAUUCGAAUAUUUGUACACCGUAACAAACUUACGCGCGUCGCGUAUGUUUUACGUUUAUUACGUCGUGUUACGAAUAUCGCGUUCGACCCGUACGCGUAUUUACGGAUCCUGUAUCCGCGUUCGGUCCGGAGCGGAUUUUUUCUGCAAAACACGCGACCCGUCGACCCACAGGUUUUCGGUUUACACUCGGGACGCUAUUACUGCCUCGGAGCGAUGCACACGGUUUCAACCGACAGGGCAGGUACUGUAGUACUGUGCGGAGCUAAUAGAAGUUUUUCGUUUCUAUCGUUCGGCCGAACCCGGGGGGUGAGGGGGAGGGAGGAUUAAUCGACUACCUAUAAUAGACACUGCAGUAUAGUAGAGAACGUAUAGAUAAUAAUUAAACGGAGGUCAAUUGAUACGGCGGCCAUUUUUCGUCCGAACAUCCCCCCGCCCCGGUUUUGCGUUUGAAAUCGAAUUUUAAAUUCCGAGUGGAGCGAAGAAGCUUGUGGUUUUACAAUGAUACUUAUUUUUUUUUAUCGGACAAAUUUUCAAUCAGCAAUUUCGCUCCGAUUUACAAUGACAGCAUAUUUUCUAGAAGAAAAUCUGACAGGAAAGGUACUUUAAAAAGGUCAAUUGAUAUUUUUCUAGAGUUUUCUCGAUAAAAUAGAAAAACCAUAGGAAAAACGGGAAAAUAGGUAAAAUAUUUAACAAAUAUUAUUAAAGAAAAUAUGUAAUGCACGUGUAAUUAUUUUACCAAAAUAUGACAUAGUAUAUAUUGUUGACAAAACAACACUAUCAACCAAACUCCGCUCAGAAUCGUUUUUACAUUAAUAAUAGUUAACCGUUGCGUACAGAUGUACACGAAUUUCCCUUCUACUAUCUUCCCAACUUUUCAGCUAUAACAGUGGCUGCAACCGCCUUUAUUAUCCUAGCACAACUUUUUUUUUGUUGUUCGUCGCAUUCCCCAUUUGAUUACUGCGCGUAACGAAAAUUUGAUAGAGAAGAUAUCGCCUUUUUUUUGUUACUUUUUUUUAUUUAGUAUGAAACACAUAUUAACAUCCUUCCCCUCCUCCAUAGGUGAAUGAUUCAUAAAGCUCACUCAUUUUUUACCUAAUAUAUUAAAAUUCCGAUUUUCGGGAUUUUUAAUUGUUGUUAAUGUCGUUAAUUUCGAAUAAUCAAAUUAUUCUCAGCGUUUAAAGAACAUCCGGUGCCGAUACCAACUUUUUAAAAAUAUUAUUCUCUGUGCCUACGUGCGUUUUUUCAUUUAGAAUAAAUCUACGCGGGAAUCGAAAACGUUGUAAUAUUUUACGACAAUAUUCGUCGUAAAAUACGUAAGUAUAAUAUAUAUUAUAGCUUUAGAUAUUAGCAAUAAUAAUACGCGUACCUAUGUAAUAUAAAUUAUAAUGGACCGAUAUAUUAUGGCGAUACAAUAAUAUAAGUUUUAUCGUAAUAACUCGGCUUUUCGAUAUAGUCGUAUAGACUUUUUAUUUUUAUUUUUAAGACGGCGCGGCGUCUGAAAAAUACGGUACGUAACGACCAAUAAAAAAACCGUUCGUAUUGCUAACCCCCGCCGCCGCCGCCACGACCGUAAGUAUAUUAUACAGGGACUCUGUUUCGCUGGAAGAUUGACAGAGAAAAAAAUGAAAUGAAAUAUUUAAAAGGACGAAAUUUAUACGGCGUGUUCGCGUUUUUAGAUGACACUGAAUAUCUGAACAAGGUGAUCUUGAAUUUGAAUUUAAGGUUUUCGGGAGUCGAUAGGGAGCAUUGGAAUUCUCGAGUGUAAAUUUAAAUUUGUUUGACCCUUUCAGUGAACGCGUGUACAACACGAAUUACUUUUGUAAAAACUGUAAAACCUUUUUUUCCUCUUCAAAUAUUGAUAUAUGUAAGUUUAUGCAUUUUUACCGUAUAAAAUGUCCAAUCAAUAUCAAUAUUAUAUACCUGAUUAAAAAUAGAACUAGUCUAUGACUUAAAAAACCCGAGAAUAAUCCAUGACACCUAAUUAAAUUUUUCUAUUCAUUCAUAUAUGAUAAAAAAUAUGGCUAUGCGAAAUUUAGGUUUCAUUAUGCGUACCUGUUGUUAGUUUCUGAUCCUAUUUCACUAAAACUACUUUAUUUCUCUUCAGUUCGUACAAACCCAGAACACUGUCCAUUAGUGUGGUUGAAUAAUACACUUCAACAAAACAUAACGAUAGAACCGGUCCGAAAUAAUUGUUUAAGAUUCGUUUCUUUUAAAUUUAAUAUUUUUAGGCAAACUCACAGUUCGUUAAAAAAACGCCGCACGCUUCUGCUAUUGAAAUUUUUACACGAAUUGUUAACUGGCGUUCUCGACUGUCCGGAGUUGUCGUCUUUAAUCCAUUUCAGAACGAAUCGCCUUAAUACCGGAAACCCCUUGCCGUUUCACCCCGUUUCCUCAAAUAAAAAUUAUAUUUUAAAUUCCCCUCCUAACAUUUCGAUGAACGCUGGUAAUAACCUAUGCGUUAUGAUUUUAUCCAAUAUUUAACUGUUCGUAAUUUAUCCAUAAUUUUAGUAUUUAUUAGUUCGGGACGUGUGUUUCUAAUUGACUCGAUAAAACUUAAUUUUACAUUAUUACUCGCCACGGUAUCACAUUAUGAAACAGGACGCUGGUCCGUUUACGUUUGUAAAAUGAAACAAAAUACAAACGUCGAGCUGUAUAUUUCGAAUACCGCCAUUGCCCGAUGGCGUUCCCUCCGAAAUGACGUUCUCUGUGCGCUCCAUAACGCCUAGACACGUUCGCUCGAUAAUCGAAUUUAAGCUGGUUUUACUCACAACUCCGCGGCGCGAGCAUUGCGCGCAGUUGUAUCGGGACGGUGCGGACGCGGUACUCUUGAGGAAACACCGAGCGUCGCCCGAAAACGCGCACAACAAUGCGAAUACUCGCGCAUUGUGGUGAUACCCGCGACGGUUAAGGUCCGAAACGUCGUAAAUCUCGUACGGCCGCGGGGCGGACAAAUAAAAAUCCGGCCGUAUGACACUAAUAAUAAUAACGUCAUAAUCUCACGGGCGCGAUAACAACAACGUCGUAACGCGUAAAAACGGAUCGUUAUAAUAACAACAAUAAUAAUAAUAAUAUUAUGCGUGCGGAAUACACGGUUUUCGACGACGCGAUUGUGCGGACGGUUACGGCGCGGCGUGGCGGACGGGGGGUUGGCGGCAGGUAUAUUACGCUCGAACCGGUAAACCGUUCCGACCGGGCACAAUGGCGAUUUAUUGUUACUGUCGUCGUUAUUAUUACUAUUACGCGAUGUUUAGUACCGGGGAAAAAAAAAACGAAAAACGAAAAAGAAGACAAAGUCCGCGCGUUAAAUACCCGUAAAAACGUUUAUGCCGGGCGCAUGGUACGAUACCGUGUAACGGGCACGAGUGCGAACGCCGCCGCCGUUGUUCGGGCGGGUGCCGUUGCUCGGUGGAAAACACAAUGUCACCCGGUAGGUUUUACGACGGCAGACGCGCGCGGACGUAAAACGCGAGCCGUUCACCGUUUCGCGCGCCGUCUUGUUCGUACACUGCGUUUCGACUGCCGCACGCGGAUAACAACGUUACGGGUUUAAUAGUGUUCGGCGAUACGCCAAAAACGCGCGUAAACGUUUUGUUUUGUUUUGUUAAUUUUUUUUUUUCCCCGCUUUUCGCGAGUCCGAAACGCGGGAGUCGUUACGGCAAUACCGACACUCCGGCCUCCCGUCUCGGCGCGUACGUAAAAUAUUAUACACACAACGCUCGCGCGCGUUACGGCGGUAUAAUAUCCGCGUGAGUUAUGGCGACAUGUGCGUGAUGAUAACACGGCGGGGCGACGGGAGUGGGGGGGGGGCGGCGGCGGUUAGGGGAGGGAGGGAGGAAGAUCUGGACAGUGUCGCGUGUAGACAUGACGCGGGGCAAAUUUUUGGUAUUUUUUUUUUUUUUUUUUUUAUCGCGAUCAAACGGUUUUCUCGGAGCUCGUGCGUUCACCGUUUAUUUCCUACGCUAGAUUUGGUUUUCUCGGUCGAAAACGAUCAAAUUCGCCGUGUAGAACACUGAUCGUACAUCGGACUUUUCUAGCAAACGAUAAGAGCCAUUAUUGGCCAUUAUUCGGUUUUAUACGCCUGUGUGUGUUAUGUAAAACGAUUUUGGCCGAAACAACGAAUAGUCGAAAAUUUAACUUUUACGUUAUCACGUUACACGACAACAUAUAUAACCGAAGCAAUUUAUACGGGUCAGCAAAUCGAAAAAAGUUUUUCGAAAAAACACACGGGAGACUGAAAUAUUGUCCACGACCUGCCGGUGCGUACAACUGCGUAUAACAUAUUUCGCACAUUAAUAAUAAUAUAUUUGCAACAAUACUAUACAAUGCAUUUUGUGUUAAAAUUAAUUUUUGCAAUAUUGCAGCGCCCCCAUAAAAGCUGAGCUUGUGCUGGGGGAGCAUAAUAUAGUUACGUAACAAUAUAGAAGUCGUAAAUCAACGAGUCGUGACGAAACAAAACGAAAAAAAACAAAAAUUGUUCGUGUAUUCAAAAAGUUGGUCGAAAAAUGAAUAUCAUAGGUACCUACGCAUUUGCAAAUGCAAAGGGAAACCGAAUACACCGUUGUCGAAGACUUUAAAAUAAUAUUGUUUUUCGUCGUUUCACGACGACGCACAAUAAAUCCAUUAAAUCAAAAUGUUUAUUUUGGGUUCCGCCGUAUGUACGAGCAUCGUCGUGACUGCAGGGCGUCACUGAGACAACAAUACCGCCUACGAAAUAAUAUAAUAUGUGAUGCGGUGAUCCGGCAAAGAAUACAGAACGGCUUGUUAUUAUUAUUUUUUAGCUUUUGUGCCGCGAACGUAUUACAAUAUAGUACCUAUUUACAUCUACGCAGAACGUUACGUUACGAAAUAUUGAUAUUAAAAAAAAAAAAAAAAACCCACCAAACAAACACAUCGUAGUAAAACCGAAAAAAACCAAACAAACAUUUCGAUAUACAAAUAUAUGAAUACAAUACUGUAUAAGUGCGCGAUGAUCGUAUACCGAACUCGGGGAUUACGUACCGUGACACAGUUUUUGUCGCGAUAGUACAAUAUUACAGGUUAACUAUCACGAGACGGAGUGAUCGCGUAUGAUCGAAAUGGAAGACACGCUAAUAGAGUGAAUUUCGAUAGAAACUUCAGUGGUAGUGCCUCCACGACAGUAAAAUAGAAACGAAAGUUGCAUUAAUAUCCACACUGUAAUAGUUACUAUCACUAUCGAGGUGUGUUAAAUAUCGUGCACGUAUGCUAGUGUGAUAGUAGCUUCCACGAGAGUUCGAUAGUUAUACUAUAUUCAAGACUGUUUAAAUAUUAUUCUUGUUAUUAAGUAUGUUUUGAAGCCUACGGUUGUUGAAAUAACGAUAAGCAUACAAAAACGCAAAAUAGCACUUAAACUUCGAAAUAUGCAAAAAUAUGCAACAUAAACUUCCGUGUAUAGCUUCGUUAUUUCCCGAAACAAAUUUAUAAGCUCUCAUAAACAUCUCGAAGAUCGCUCAAAAAACAUUUGUCAAUGUUUAUUACUUAGGAACUAAAACGCGAUCUAUCUUAUUGUUGGCGUGUAAUUAAUUCCAUUGACGGAGUGGGUAAACAAUUUUCCAAAUCCAAAUUUGCUGACUUCCAAAAAACGUUUUUACCAAUUUUUCGUGUCCUUUAAUAAACAAUAAUACAUUUUACAAUAACAAUACACCGUGUAACGAAAUACCCGCAUAAGCGAAGGGAAUUAUUAAUUUCAAAAAUAAAUAAUCGUGAAAUACGACCGACUAUGUAGACUAGAGUGACAGAACUGCAGUCUAAAAUUCUAAAUCCGGAUAAGAUUAUCGCCCCUCAAACUCGGCCCAGAAAACAGAGACAAUUAUAUUAAUUCAAUAAUAUCCAUUGUAUUUUAAUACUCGCAAUUGCGCGCAUGCGGGAAGCGCUCGUACUAAUUUCCGCGUGUAAUACGAAAUAUUGUAAGUUCGGGGGUCACCAGUGUGUAUUAUAUCUUUAAUCGCCUGUUAUUAUUAUGGUUUUUCAGAUAUUUUCAAUGUCGGCGGCGAGAUGAAAUGUACACAUUUCUGAAAGCGCGCGCUCGGUGUGAAACGUGCAACGGGCCCGAGUUUCCAGCAUGGUGGACACGGUCGAACAAGAAGUGGUCGCCGUGAGUAUAACAGCAUUUAUUGCAUUAAAUACCCGAUAACAGUUGACGGAUAACGCGAUCAUUAUCGUUUUCUUCAGGGCAAGAGCAUACUGAAACGUCGCAUCAGAAACAACACCAGUCACAUUAAUAUCAAUAGCAAUACCGCUGUUAGCAAUAAUAAUAACAAUGAAAGAUCGGCUGAGGAGCCCGCGCCCAAACGCGACAACGAUAACUGCGCGGAGAACAUCAUUUCCAAGCGAAACGUGACGUUCAACGACACUAUUUCUGUGAAAAAUGACAAAGACCUGGUAAUUAAGAAACCGUUAAAAUUAGAACUUGUCAUCGAAAAUUGGAAGUCUAGUAACGCGAAAACUCUGCCAGAAAUAGUUCAACCCGAUCCCGGGAUCGUCCGACGUCUGGUCGACGAGUUCAACACCAUCGAAGAUGUGAGUCCAUUGCAUCGUAACAAUAUAAGACGAUCAUUUUUUUUUUUUUUUUUUACUAUUCAAUACACAUAACUCGAGAGCUGUGCAUUAAAAACCUUUUUGGAAACAAAUUAGAAAGCAAUGCAUUCAAAUAGUGAAACAGUUCUCCCGAUUAUUCAGAAAACUACGAAGAAAAAAAAAAAACAUACAAAUGGAUAUAUUUCUCACAAUGGGUGUUGUGAGUGAGAAGUUGAGAAAAUAGACGGAAAAUUGAAUGUAUAUUUUUACGCAACGAUUACNUUUACAUGUUUUAAAAGACCAUAAUAUUUACGAUUUUUCCUAAGUUUUUUCCUAUGUAUACAUAUAAUUAAAUACCCCUGCGAAAAUUAAAAAACUAUCUCCUUAAAAUACUACAUUAGUCAAAUUUUCUUUCCGAAAAAGUGCUACACUUAAAAAUUGGAGCGAUAUUUCCGGUAGAAAAGUUGUUCGCAGAAAAAAUAAAAAUAAACAUCAUAGUAAAACCAAAACGACCCUCAGAACCUAAAAAUGCACAGCCCUGCACAUUUAUGGUUUUUCAUAACUUUAUGAAUAAAUAAUAAUUAUAAUAUAGUGUAAAAUCGCUUUGAAAUACGUUAUUAUAUAAAUUGUUACGAGUAAUUUCUAAAAACGUCUACAAUUUAGACGAUUCCGUAAUCCCGGAUUAUUUUUUUUAGUUGCAACGUUUACAUAUAGUGGGAUAUUAAAAAUAUCUCGGUUAUUAUUUUUUAAAAAAGUACAGAAGCGUAUUUCGUUUUAUAUUACAAUAAUGAUAAAUAAGCGGACAAAACUUUUUUAUACAAAAUAUAUAUUUAAAUAUAUAUAUAUAUAUAUUUUUUAUAUAUAUAACAUAUAGUGACGUAUUUUUCAUUUCACAUCGAAUUUCGAUUUUAACAAUUUUUAUUUGUUUCGUUUUAUACUUAGCCGUUAACCGAUAAUCCCGAAAUUGAUUCCGCAUUAUCCGAGGCGGUUAAAGAAGUCAAUGAAGACGAGUCGACGGAAAUCCAAAUGGAUAUCCCGCUCUGCGAAGCGUUGGAAACGGUCAACUUGACCACCGACGACCGUGUAGUAACGAAUGAAACACGAGUCGAACAAAAUAAUAAUAAAAUAUAAUUUUUUUUUUUUUUUUCUUAAUUAAGUUCAUAUAACAAGUAUUUUCAGAAAAAAAAAAAUACAUUUCUACAAGUAUUAUAUUAAUAUGUAUUUAGUACACUAUAAAAUAUACUAUUUCACACGAG